GACCGCGUCAACAAUGCAGCAGCCACUCUUCUGAAUCUUGAACUCAGUUUGCUUCGUUAUUACUCAAACUAUAGGGGAAAAUUUGAGUUUAUUUUGAAGAUUCCUUGUGUCGGCCAUCGCCAUGGAUCCUGGAAGCUUGGGACUUGCGGUCUUCAGUGCUUUGGAUCUGUGCAUUCAAUAUGGGGGCGAGAUCAUUAAGAUAUGCCGAGAAUAUCGAAAAUUCGAGGAGGAAAUUGACGAGAUUGUACUUGUGGUGGAAGGGUUAUGGGUGAAGACUGAAGUCCAGCUCGAUUCUCUUAGAGUCCUUUGGAACACACUCCAUGGAACCCUUCAACCACAUUACUUUGAUGCCUUACAAAGACUUGAAAAGAAGACUUUUGCCGCCGUUCAGACUAUCCGGCACGUCAAAGAGUUAGCAGCACCGGAUGCCAGUGCGCUCCGGAAGGUCAAGGCGAUAUAUAUCAAGAGACAUCUCAAACAAACCGUCGCAGAUUUGGAAGAUUGGCAAAGACGAUUUGAUCCAUCGUGGUACCUGAUUACACGUAUCGCUAACCCUGUCAUCGACAAGCAACUGAAAGAUGAUUUACCAAGCCACAAUCCUUCAACAAUCCGACUGAAACGGAUGAGGGAGGCAAUCAAAGAAGUCUCAUCAAUUGGGAACUCCCACGCCGGCUCAAUAUUUAUGGAUAUGUCUCAUAUAGUAGGACCCGCGCACAAAAUCCCCGGGACUAACACGACCAUGGUGAGUUACGGUAAUGUUGCGCGUACGGUGUUACUGGACCGCACAGAUUAUGGCCCCCUCACUGAAACAAUGACAGCCAAAACAUAUGUUCGUGAUCUGGCGAGGCUUCUGUUGAACGUGGAACCGAUGACAUUUGGUCUUUUGAAAUGCGAGGGUGUGAUUGAACUACCUAACAAGGUUGAUAAAAGUCAAUUCCAGUUUAUCCUCGAAGUACCAAAAGGACUUUCAUCACCAAGGACGCUCCGGGGUAUCUUGGCGGAAGCUCCUCGGUGUUCUCUUAACCAUCGUAUCCAGCUAGCCAAGCAGUUGGCUCGCUCAGUCAUGUUUGUUCAUACAUCAGGAUUUGUCCACAAAAAUAUCCGCCCGGAGACCAUUCUAGUUUUUGCAGACGGUUCGAGCCGCCUUGGCCCGUCGUUCCUCAGUGGCUUUGAGAGGAUCCGGCCAUCAGAGGCAGCAACAGAGAAGUCAGGGGAUCUGGUGUGGCAAAAGAACCUUUAUCGGCAUCCGACGCGGCAAGGCCUCUGGCCCGAAGAUUACUACAACAUGCAGCAUGAUAUUUACAGUCUCGGGGUGUGCUUACUGGAGCUCGCACUGUGGCGCUCUUUCGUACAGUACGAUGGUGAUACUGCCAUUCCGUGUUCCGAACUUGACAUAACAGCCGCGAUUUCGGAUAAGGACCCGCGUCGAGGUGCAUUUGCCAUCAAGAAAUUACUAGUGGCUAUGGCCGAAGAGUGUCUCCCCAAUUCGAUGGGUGACAGAUACACUGGCUUGACAGUGGCUUGCUUAACUUGCCUCGACAGUGGGGAAAGCAAUACGUUUGGCCCCGACGUGAAGGAUCAAGAUGGUAUUAUCGUUGGUGUUCGAUAUAUCGAAAAGGUUUUACUACAAAUAGAAGAGAUUUGUAUUUGAGGAGCACUACCACAGGGGUUUCUCUGAGUCAUUAUGCACUGUCAACCGUUUCUCGCGGGAUUUUUUCUCCAGAUAUGCCAUUCCACCCUAGGCUACAAAAUUUGCAUUUGCUCCAGGAAUAGUUCAGCCUUAUAGGGCUGAGUGGGUCGCUGGCAUUUAGCUCCACAU